CCAGUAGCCAAUCACUGCGCGCCUCACCGUAGCAAACGACGCGGUCGCCGACAACGAUUCGUACUGCGCCUAAGCAAGCAUCAAGCGUCAUUGAACUCCACCAUUUUGAUUUUAGUAGUAAUUACUAAUUACUUGUAACAAAAUACACAUAGUUUUAAGUAUUUUUUCGGUUCAAGUGUUAACUAACAUUAGGAAAGCUAGCAAUAUAUAUUAUCCCUAUUAGUGAACAUGGCCGACACAAAAGUUAAUAUUGCAAAAAGGGGUUAUGCAAAGAUGUCUAUUACUAAAAUUCAUAAUGCACUAUUGUCAGGUGAGUUGCAAUCACGCUCGCUAGAACGACUUAUAGUUGUAAGAGAUAGGGUCGUCAGCGUUUUUCAAGAAUAUAGCGAUGCUUGUAUCCAAAUAUGUGCACAAAAUCCUGAAGAUCCGGAGGAUUUUAGUAAAAUCGAAGAAAUAUACUUCGACAUUCUCUCUAAUAUCGAUAAGACAAUCAAAAAACACAAUUUGAACACUAAAAAUGAGACGCUUAACGACUCAGAUUGUAAGCAAACUUCGAGCAUUAGGUCAAAGCUUCAAUUACCUAACGUAGUCAUGUCAACAUUCACUGGCAAAUAUACAGAGUAUUACUCGUUUAUAAACCUUUUCAGCGCAAUGAUUGACAAAGAUGAGUCUCUGUCACCUGUUCAAAAGCUAUAUUAUCUUAAAGGUUUUCUAAGUGACGAGCCAGCAGCUUUAAUUAAAAACCUCCCAUUAGAGGACGAUAGUUAUGCUGAAGCAAUAAAAUUACUUAAAGAGAGAUAUGAUAUUAAAACUAAAAUCAUACACGAACACAUACAUACACUGUUAGAUUUGCAACCCAUUACUCGUUCUACUCCUAACACAAUCCGUAAACUAAUUUCAGACGUUAAACAGACACUCGCAGCUUUAAAAAACCUCGAGGAGCCCGUCGACAGCUGGAGCAGCUUGCUUGUGUGUGUUCUAGUGAGGAAGUUAGACAACCUUACACGCUCUGCAUUCCAGAUGGAGAGAGACAACAAGUGUUUACCCACAGUAGGGGAGCUUUUAGGUUACCUGGAACGUCGAGCAUUGUCAUUGGAAAACGACUCCGUUCCCAACAAGCAACCUCAACCCCAACGGUUGACUAGUAUUGCAGUAACUGCACCUGCUUCUACCUCCUGCACCUAUUGUAAGUCUCCGCACAAGCUUUUCCAAUGUCCAAAUUUUAAAAUGGCAGCACCCACAAAACGUCUAGAGUUUGUAUUAGCAAAUAAGCUGUGCAAAAUAUGUCUGUCUUUCCAUAAACGCAACUGUAAAUAUCAUUUUAAGUGUGGUGAAUGCAAAAAGCCUCAUAACACAUUACUGCAUCAAACAGAUCAACAGCCAUCGAGCCCAUCUGUCAGUUUGUUAUCGAGCGCUCCUCGGGGACAAGUGCUUUUGCCUACUGCUAGAGUUAAGCUUAUUUCCCAGACAGGCACGAUUAUUUACGCACGAGCACUAUUGGACAGUGCCUCACAAGUAUCAUUCAUCACUGAGAAACUUGCCCUUAUAUUAGGCAAGGUUCCCGACAACAAUGCAUCAAUUAUAAUUGGCAUUACCAACACUGAGCAAACAGUUAACUUGCAAAUAAACCUUGAUGUACACUCUAUAGUAUAUCCAUAUACGGUCAAUGUUAAUUGUCAUAUUGUUAAAACGAUAACCACAAAGUUGCCUCAAGCACCUAUCGACACUUCCAAUCUAACAUUUCCAGCUAACUGCAAUCUAGCUGACGCUACCUUUAAUAUGCCUGGUGAUGUGCAUGUAUUGUUGGGAGCUGAUGUCUUUUUCCAGGCCCUGUUGCCACUCCAUGAGUCAAUAAGUAACGAGGGUCCUGCAAAAACGGGCUCAACAAUCUCCGAGCAACCAUCUAUAAUUCACACAUCAUUUGGGCACAUAGUAGCGGGACGCAGUGCCUAUGACACUGCCAACAGUAAGCAGAUUGAAAGCCGCUGCUGCAGCUCAGCUGAUGGGUUCCUUGCCUACGCAACGCGUAAACGCGUGCCGCGUCUUUGAAAAAAUUGGUAUUGACUUCGCUGGGCCAGUUUCGGUAAAAAAUAGCCGCAUUCGAAAGCCAACUAUAGGCAAAGGUUACAUUGUAUUGUUUGUAUGUUUCGUCACUAAAGCUAUUCAUCUAGAGUUAGCCUCAGAUUUGACAACCGAUACUUUUCUCGCAUGCUUUAAACGAUUCAUUGCGAGACGAAACCUGCCCAGCGACGUCCACUGUGAUAACGGCUCGACGUUCAAAGGGGCAAGGAACCAAUUAGAUGAACUGUAUCGCUUGCACGCUUCUCGAAGUCACCAAUGCGAAGUACAAUCCUUCGCGGCUGCUAGAGGAAUCAAUUUCCACUUUAUACCUAGUUACAGCCCGAUAUUUGGUGGACUUUGGGAAAGCGGUGUAAAAAGCGUGAAAUAUCACUUGAAACGUGUAGUAGGCAAGGCGUUACUCACGUAUGAGCAACUCAAUACUGUUCUAGUAGAAAUAGAGGGCGUUCUUAAUUCUAGACCGCUCACCGCAGUUACUGCCGACCCAAAUGACCUCAAUUACCUCUCUCCAGGUCAUUUUCUGACAGGAGCACCUCUUAAUUCUUAUCCAGAACACAAUAUGUCAGAUACACCAACUAAUUUACUUAAAUUUUGGUCUAUAACCGUAAGUAUGAAACAAAACUUUUGGAAAUAUUGGAGUAAACAUUAUUUGUGUCUUUUACAAAGCAGGCCCAAAUGGCGUGACGUUUCUUCUAACGUAAAAAUUGGUAGCUUGGUCAUAUUACGUAGUGAUAAUAGUCCUCCUUUGCAUUGGCCUAUGGCUCGUGUGUCCAAUAUCUUUCCAGGGAAAGAUGGCCAGGUUAGAACUGUCGAAGUUACUCUUUCAAACGGUCAUGUUCACAAUAGGGCAUUAUCAAAAAUAUGUUUGCUACCUAUCGAUUCAUAAAAGUGUUUGAUUCUAAAAUGUAUAAUUUUAAUAUUUAAGUAUUCCUAUGUCUACACAACCUAUGUUGUAAAAUUUAUGCUGUAUUUGUCAAUUAAAUUUUAAAUUGUUCAUUUUGAGGGCGCAGCUUAUGUUGGCAACAUAAUAUAGUUUAUUUUUUGUUAUCUGUAAUUUUUCUAUGUUGUAUAAUUUAUUUGUCUAUGGUUUUUCACUUCCUUCCGUUUUCCAUUCGUUCUUGUAAAAGUGUGCUCAAAUAAAGUGGUUAGUGGUGUGUUAA